UUGUUUUUGACCUGUGUUAUCGUUCUCUCUCCGUCUCUCUCUCUGUCUCUCUCUCUGUGUGUCUCUCUCUGUGUCUCCCUCCGUCUGUGCGUGUCUCAGGAUCCCCGCAGCAAGCACCGCUUCAAGGCCCACACCUACGGCAGCCCCACGUUCUGUGACCACUGCGGCUCGCUGCUCUACGGCCUCAUACACCAGGGGAUGAAAUGCGACACCUGCGACAUGAACGUGCACAAGCGCUGCGUGGUGAUGGUGCCCAGCCUGUGCGGCAUGGAUCACACGGAGAGGCGUGGGCGGAUUCGCAUCGUCGCCGAAGUGACCAACGCCGAGAAGCUCGUGGUCAGCGUGAAGGAAGCCAAGAACCUGAUCCCCAUGGACCCCAACGGGCUCUCUGACCCCUACGUGAAGCUGAAGCUGACCCCCGACCCCAAGAGCGAGAGCAAGCAGAAGACCAAGACCAUCAAGGCGAACCUGAACCCCGUGUGGGAGGAGCACUUCACCUUCAAGCUGAAGCCGACGGACAUCGACCGCCGUCUCUCUAUCGAGGUGUGGGACUGGGACCGUACCACCCGCAACGACUUCAUGGGCGCGCUCUCCUUCGGCGUCUCGGAGCUCCUCAAGGCGCCCGCCAACGGCUGGUACAAGCUGCUGAGCCAGGGAGGGGAGUACUACAACGUGCCCAUCGCUCCCGACAUCGAGGAUGGAGACACCGAGAUGCGCCGCAAGUUUGAGAAAGCUCGCCUGGGCCCCAGCGUGAAGCCGCGUGGGUCUGACGAGCGGCGUGCCAACAGCCUCUCGGCCAUCCUCAACAACGCCAACGUGGACCGCGUCAAGGCGGACGACUUCAACUUCCUCAUGGUGCUGGGCAAGGGCAGCUUCGGCAAGGUGAUGCUGGCAGAGCGCAAGGGCACGGACGAGCUGUACGCGAUCAAGAUCCUCAAGAAGGACGUGGUCAUCCAGGAUGACGACGUGGAGUGCACCAUGGUGGAGAAGCGCGUGCUGGCGCUCGCCGAAAAGCCGCCCUUCCUCACCCAGCUGCACUCCUGCUUCCAGACCAUGGACCGCCUGUACUUCGUGAUGGAGUACGUGAACGGGGGUGAUCUCAUGUACCAGAUACAGCAGGUCGGGCGCUUCAAGGAGCCGCACACCGUGUUUUAUGCCGGAGAGAUCGCCGUGGGCCUCUUCUUCCUGCACACCAAAGGAAUCAUUUACAGAGACCUGAAGCUGGACAACGUGAUGCUGGACGCAGAGGGGCAUAUCAAGAUCGCCGACUUCGGCAUGUGCAAGGAGAACAUGUGGGAGGCGAUGACGACUCGCACCUUCUGCGGCACGCCCGACUACAUCGCGCCCGAGAUCAUCGCGUACCAGCCGUACGGGAAGUCCGUGGACUGGUGGGCGUUCGGCGUCCUGCUUUACGAGAUGCUCGCCGGACAGCCGCCGUUCGACGGGGAGGAUGAGGACGAGCUGUUCCAGUCCAUCAUGGAGCACAACGUCUCCUACCCCAAGUCCAUGUCCAAGGAGUCCAUCUCCAUCUGCAAGGGGUUCCUGACCAAGCACCCGGGCAAGCGGCUGGGCUGCGGGCCCGAGGGCGAGCGAGACAUCCGCGAGCACGCCUUCUUCCGGCGCAUCGACUGGGAGAGGCUGGAGCGACGCGAGAUCCAGCCGCCCUUCAAGCCCAAGACGAAAGACAAGUGGGACACGAGCAACUUCGACCGGGCGUUCACCAAGGACCCGGUGGAGCUCACGCCGGUGGACAGGCUCUUCAUCAUGAACCUCGACCAGAGCGAGUUUGUCGGAUUCUCCUACAACAACCCCGAGUUCGUCAUCCAAGUGUAGAGAGGAGCCGGUGUGCCCCCCACCCCGUCACGCCAUGCAGAUGGGGGGGGGGCUCCAUCAUUCCCCAGUUGGGGGGCUCCAUCGUUCUCAGCUGGGGGGCUCCAUCAUACUCAACUGGGGGGCUCCAACGUCCCCACCCCGGCUGGGGGGCUCCAUCGUCCCCAGCUGGGGGCUCCAUCAUGCUCAACUGGGGGGCUCCAACGUCCCCACCCCGGCUGGGAGGGGGUGGGGAGGAGAGCAGCCGUGUGAGGAAGGGCCGUGAAAGGACCCCGGAGGAGUGGCAUAA